GCUGCGCCCGUCGUGUUAUCGAGAUGGAGCUGAGUCUUUGAUGUGAGAGGCGGUUUGUUUAUUUUUAACUUUAAAAAUCUGCUGGACUCCCGAAGUGUAAAAGUGGACAAGAAGCACGCCAUCACCACUGCAAAGAUUGCUGCGAACUUCAUCUAUUUUCAUGGGGAUCCUGGAUCUGAGUUGUGAACGUUACUGACCGCCAACUCCAGUGAACACUAGCUUUUCAAUGGGAGAAGAAUUAUACUGAUAUGACAGCUUUGUGCUUUGAAAUGGAGAAGGAUUAACUGAAGGACUUCACUUGUGCAUCUCCAAAAGAUGGAAUUCUGAAAAAUGAUUAAAAGCACUGCGGAGCUGAGAAGCAUUUUCUGCUGUGAAGAUUUUGUCAAUGUUUAAAAAGAAUAGAAUCCAGAAACCAAGACCACUAUUCAAACUCCAGCUUCAAACCAGUAGCAGAAUUUAAAAUCAUUGUUGAAACUCCAGUUUCUACGAGUGAAGGUGCUUAGCUCAGCUGCCUGGAUGGCUGGACGAGGAGAGGUUGCUGCAGCCGCUGCCUCUUCUCACUGAAGGAUUUGAGAACCUGUCUGCAACCUGAAUGGAUGGGAAUGGGGAAAGCAGGAUUUUACCAGUGCAGGGCUGACAGCCCCUCCGCCGCCUUUACUUUGCUGGUGCUUUUCAUUUCGACGUGUGCCAACACAGCCUACUGCCAGCAACAGUAUCAGUGCAGGAUCCAGAAGUGUACCACUGACUUUGUAGCUCUGACCUCCCAUCUGAAUGCUGCCUUGAAUGUUUUCGCCUCAGAGUUCUGCAUCGCCCUCCGAGCUUAUGCUCUCUGCACUGAGCGCACAGCCAAGGCGUGCCGGGGUAACCUGGCCUUCCACUCAGCUAUGCUUGGCAUCAACGACCUGAUGAGCCAGAGGAACUGCUCCCGGGAAGGGCCGACCUUAAUCGCAGCCAAAGACCUGGUACCUGUCAGUCACAACAUGGGCUUCUGUGACUACGAGAACCGAGCUGGUGUGGUACGGGGGCACCGGGUGGCAGCAGGCACCGAACCGCAGUCCACUCGCCGUUAUGUCUUUUGUGGCUUGUUCGGUGAUCCGCAUCUCAGAACUUUCCGGGAUCACUUUCAAACUUGUAAAGUGGAAGGAGCCUGGCCCCUGAUUGAUAAUGACUACUUGUCAGUGCAAGUAACCAACGUCCCUGUCGUACAGGGUUCUAGCGCCACAGCUACUAACAAGAUAACCAUCAUAUUCAAAACUUAUCAUGACUGUACAGAUCAGAAGGUUUAUCAAGCAAUGACAGAUGAUCUGCCUGCAGCAUUCAUUGAUGGUACAACAGUGGGAAAUGGCUGGAUAAAGACUUUGUGGAUAGUGGAGAAAGUGAGUGGUAAACAUGUGGAAGUGCAUGCAAAAUACAUUGGAAUGACUGUGAUAGUGCGCCAAGUGGGACCAUAUUUAACCUUUGCAUUGCGGAUGCCUGAAACAUUAGCCCUGUCUGAGAAUGACAACCAGGGACUGCAGCUUUGUGCCCGUGGCUGCCCAACGAAUGAACGUAUCGAUGAAGGUGGACAUCUCCCUCUUCCAACCAAUAGUCCAAAUCAUCUGCACCAUCCUAAGGCCCCACCAAAGGGUGCUUAUACCUUAGAGACUGCGACAGCCAAAUGCCAUGAGAAAAUCCAAGUUAAGGAUGUCUAUUUUCAUUCUUGUGUAUUUGACCUUCUAACGACUGGGGAUGUAAACUUUACAGCCGCAGCUUACAGUGCCCUCCAAGACCUGGAGACGUUGCACCCAAAGAAAGACAGAUGGCAUAUUUUCCCCAGAAGUAGCAGUGUUGCCCAGAACAUCAAUGUCUUAUUUAACAUUUAUGUUGGACUGUUUUCUUUUGUUAUAAUUGUGUUUUUGUAAGGUUUUGUUUAUAAAAAUAUUAAAUAUAUAUUGUUAUAAUAUAUUCAGAAGUAUAUAUGUAUAUACAGUAUAUGAUUGGAUGGUAAUCCUGAGUAAAGAAGAUUGUACAUAUUGUGUAAUUUUGUUUUGUAAGUUCACACAAAGUUGGUUGUAGUAUUAUGUACUUUUGGUGAAAGUUUUUGUUUGCAAGUUGUGUUAGCCCUGUAGUAGGGUGUGUUGUUACAAAGGGCACUUUAUGUUUCUACUAACUGACACUUAAAAUGAUGACCGAUAAAUGUGUUGAAAUUUAUUUUGCUGUCUUAUCAAAUUGAAGUUUGAUAUACAGCCUCAGAAGGAUUUCCAGUUGUGCUUCCUGGCUAGAAAUAGAUAACUUUGUGUAAGUGUAAUUGCCUAAAUAUGUAAAUAGUUAACUUAUUUAUAAUAAUGUCCUACUAGAAGAACCUAGAGCAGUUUCUGUGCUAUUUGUGUUCACUCUGCUGUGAUAGUGGUGCCACCUAGUAGAUUGCACUUGAGUUACUUCAGUGUUCAGGUGACAAGUGAUUUAAAAACAGCAUUAAAUGCCUGUUGUAUUACAUGAUGUAUGUUGAGAAAUCUCUUCCCUCUGUCCCACCAAAAAAGGAAAAGUUAGAAGUUCAGCACUUGACAUAGAACCCAAAGCAGUAAAUAUGUUUUCUUGGGUAUUUCCACAAUUGUCUUUUCAAUGCUUUUGCUGCUCAACAGUAGUGGAGAUAUCUGACUCUUAAAUAUAAUCAUCUCUUUUGACUUUUAAAAUUUCACUGGUUGAUAGGUCCAGUAAAAUUGCUGUCAGGUUUUAGCUAAUCUCCAUUUUAAUGGGGCUGGCACAGUGGUUAGCACUGCUGCCUCACAGCGCCAGAGACCCGGGUUCAAUUCCCGCCUCAGGCGACUGACUUUGUGGAGUUUGCACAUUCUCCCCGUGUCUGCGUGGGUUUCCUCCAGGUGCUCCGGUUUCCUCCCACAGUCCAAAAAUGUGCAGGUUAGGUGAAUUGGCCAUGCUAAAUUGCCCGUAGUGUUAGGUGAAGGGGUAAAUGUAGGCGAACGAGUCUGGAUGGGUUGUGCUUCAGCGGGUCGGCGUGGACUUGUUGGGCCGAAGGGCUGCUUCCACAUUGUAAGUAAGUAAUCUAAUGGUAGGUGUGUUACAAACAGUUUCCUUAUCAAUCACUUUGUAUGAGUUGUCACACCUGCAAACUUAGUCGUUCCAUUCUUCAUUGGACCAUCACUAUGCUUUGCAUCUGUCUUACUUUCUCCCAUGGGUCCACAAUGUAGAAUAGCAGUAGUGAAUUAAUAUCUUGGCUGCUCAGAUUUAUAAACCUAUUCAGAGCAAUUCAGUUGGGAAUGAGAUCUUGCUAAGUGAAAAUCAGCUGCGUGCAAAUUGGUCUCAUCAAAAUUUUAUAAACUCUCAAAAUAAAUGUUCUUGCAUAUGUCCAUGAAUAACUUAAAUGCAGCUUUUACUGUAGGUGGACUUGAAGAAUAGGUUGAUAUUCAAUGCUCCAUUUUCCAUUGAUCACACUCACUAUCCCCUCCAAUGGUUUACUAUUUCUUGAUGUCUUAUACACAAAGGAGCCCCCACCCAUGCUGCCUGUGAUAUGGAAGCCUUUUCCUUGUUCUACUUUAGGAAAGUUCCACAGAAUACAUUAAAAGACCACAUGAUUUAUCUAGAUUUCUUUUGUUUAAAUUAGGCAGCUACCAUUACUAUUUCAUCAAAGUGGAAAACCUGCAAGUUUGUAUAUUUUAAAUUCCUGUU